AUGGCGAAAAACAGGAGCAAAGGUCGUCGAUUGGUGGUGAGAUCCGAGGUGGAGUCGCACGAGACGAUGAAGCGAGAAAAUUCGGACGCGCUCGGGGAGAUUUUGAGGAAAAGCUCGACGUUGAAGAAAGUGAUGGCGGCGAAUAGAGGGGAAAUUGCGGUGAGAGUCUUUCGAGCGGGGACGGAGCUCGGGAUGCGAACGACGGCGAUUUUUAGCGAAGCCGACAGGUUAGCUGCGCAUCGAUAUAAAGCGGACGAGUCGUAUUUGGUUGGUGAAGGGAAGGAACCAGUCGCGGCCUACUUAGAUUACGAGUCAAUCAUUGACGUCGCGAAGGAGAACGGCGUAGACGCUAUUCACCCGGGCUACGGGUUGUUGAGUGAAAACGAAAAUUUUGCGAGACGUUGCGAGGAGGAAGGGAUCGCUUUUGUCGGUCCGAGAGCGGAAACGCUAGGACAAAUGGGUGAUAAAGUCGUGUGCAAAGCGCAAGCGAAAGCGUGCGGGUUACCGUUGGUUCCAGGUACUGAGUACGCCACGGACGACGUGGAAACCGCGGUUGAAUUCGCGAAAGAGUUUGGAAUGCCUUUGAUGCUGAAAGCUGCCAUGGGAGGCGGUGGUCGCGGUAUGCGAGUCGUGAAACAGCAAUCGGAGGUGGCGCAAGCGUUCGCGAGAGCGUCAUCGGAAGCGAAAACCGCGUUUGGCGAUGGACGCAUGUUCAUCGAAAGGUACGUCGAGGCGCCGAGACACAUCGAAGUUCAAAUUAUGGCUGACGGCGUCGGGAACGUCAUUCACUUGGGCGAACGCGAUUGCUCCGUCCAAAGAAGACACCAAAAAGUCGUUGAAAUGGCACCGGCACCGUGCUUGGACGAGGAAUUACGAAAGCGAUUACACGACGAUGCGGUGAAAUUGGCGAAACACGUCAACUAUCGCAACGCUGGGACGGUCGAGUUCAUGGUGGACAACCAAAAUAGACAUUACUUUUUGGAAGUGAACCCAAGAGUCCAAGUCGAACACACGGUGACUGAGGAAGUCACCGGAGUGGAUAUUGUCCAAACACAAAUCUUAAUCGCGGGUGGAAAAACCUUACCUGAACUCGGGUUCAAGUCGCAAGACGACGUACAAAUUCGCGGGUUCGCCAUGCAGUGCAGAAUCACCACGGAAGAUCCGGCGAUGGGAUUCUCUCCUGAUUUCGGUAGAAUCGAAGUGUAUCGUCCACCUGGUGGCUUAGGUGUCCGCAUCGACGGCGAAGUUGUCGUAGGCUCGAGAAUUUCUCCGUUUUACGAUUCGUUGCUCGUGAAGUUGACGUGCACGUCGCAAUCUUUCGAAGGCGCUGUGCAAAAAAUGUACAGGUCCUUGGCUGAAUUUCGCAUUCGUGGCGUAAAAACGAACGUGCCCUUCUUACAAAACGUGUUCCAAUCGAAAGCUUUUUUGAGCGGGAAGGUCACCACGAACUUUAUCGACGAGACGCCUGAAUUGUUCGAUAUGAUUUCCAACGUGGACGAUACGCAAAAGUUGCUCUCGUAUUUAGGAGAAAUCGCGGUCAACGGGGCAAAACACCCCGGCGCAGUUGGUCCGCCGCCGAUUGGUGCCGAACCGAGCCCGCCAAAGCCGUCGAAGAAAACAGCCGAACUCGCCAGUCAACAAUCGUUCAAGAAAAUUAUCGACGAACAAGGACCGGCGGCGUUUGCGAAAGCGGUUCGCGAUCACAAAGGGUUGCUCAUCAUGGACACGACUUGGAGAGAUGCGCACCAAAGUUUGCUCGCUACGAGAGUCAGAACAAGAGAUUUAUACCAAUGCGCGGACGCCACGGCGUCAGCGUUGGAUGGUGCGUACUCUUUAGAAAUGUGGGGUGGCGCUACAUUUGACGUAUCGCUUCGCUUUUUGCGCGACUGCCCGUGGAGACGAUUGGAGCUUUUAAGAGAAAAGGUACCAAACAUUCCGUUCCAAAUGUUAUUGAGAGGUGCGAAUGCGGUCGGUUAUACCUCCUACGCUGACAACGUCGUCCAGGAAUUUACCACCGAGGCUAGAAAAUCCGGUAUCGAUAUCUUUCGCGUGUUUGAUUCGUUGAACUACGUGGAUAACUUGAAAUUCGGCAUCGAUUGCGUGCGAAACGCCGAUGGGGUCGUCGAAGGUACCAUUUGCUACUCUGGUGAUGUUUCUGAUCCGUCGAAAAAGAAGUACACGUUGGAUUAUUACGUCGAUUUGACCGAACAACUCGUCAAUCACGGGAUUGACAUUUUGGCAAUUAAAGACAUGGCGGGUUUGUUAAAGCCACGCGCGGCGACCAUGUUGGUCUCCGCCUUGAGAGCAAAGUUCCCAGCCUUACCGAUUCACGUUCACACGCACGAUACCGCAUCCACUGGCGUCGCGUCCAUGCUUGCCGCGGCAGAGGCUGGAGCAGACGUCGUCGACGUGUGCACGGACGCCAUGGCUGGCUUAACUUCGCAGCCGGCCAUCGGCGCCGUUUUGAACUCCAUUAAAGGCUCGGAAACUUUAGAUAAUCCAAUGAACUUGAAAGAAAUCUUGAAACUCAACACGUACUGGGAACAAGCGAGAGCGUUGUAUUCCCCGUACGAAUCUGGCAUCAAAGCAGGGUCGGCGGACGUGUACAUUCACGAAAUGCCCGGCGGGCAAUACACCAACUUGAAAUUCCAAGCGUUUGCGAAUGGUUUAGGCGAAGAGUGGGACAACAUCAAGGAAUCCUACGCGACUGCGAACCAAUGUUUAGGCGACAUCGUCAAAGUGACGCCGUCCUCGAAAGUGGUCGGCGACAUGGCACAGUUUCUCGUCGCGAACAAAAUCCCGGACGAGAAAACCUUGCUCGAACAAGCCGAGUCGUUGUCUUUUCCAACCUCCGUCGUCGAGUACUUCCAAGGCUACUUGGGCCAACCGGUUGGUGGUUUCCCCGAACCGUUGCGCGCAAAAGUCUUGAGAGGCAAGGGUAUCAUCGAAGGUCGUCCCGGGUGCACGUUACCGCCGGUUGAUUUCAAACAAUUACGCGCCGAGUUGCAAGAAAAGCACCGCGGCCGACGCGACGUCUCCCACAAAGACGCCUUAUCUUCCGCAAUGUACCCGAAAGUCUUCGACGAAUACGUCAUCUCUCGCGACAUCAUGGGUCCGGUUUCCUUGCUUCCAACUAAAGCCUUCUUAAAAGGUUUGGAAAUUGACGAAGAGAUUGAAGUCAAAGCUCGCCGCGGUUCCUCGGCGUCCAUCAAGCUCAAAGCCGUCGGCGAACUCCUCCCGAACGGCAAACGCGAAGUCUUCUUCGAAGUCAACGGUAUCCCGCGCGUAGUAGACAUCCUUGACUUGAAAGUCUUAGAGAAUGAAAACAAAAAAGGCGGCAUGUCUGCCGUGCGCGAACGCGCCGACCCGAUGGAUUUAGGCUCCGUCGGCGCCCCGAUGGCGGGCGAAGUCGUCGACAUUUUGGUCAAAGACGGCGCCGAAAUCAAAGCCGGAGAAGCUUUAGUCGUCAUUUCUGCGAUGAAGAUGGAAACGACCGUCUCUGCGCCGUGCAAUGGGAAGUUGAAGCACAUCGCGGUUGGAAAAGGCGAUUCGUGCACCGCCGGCGAUUUGCUUUGCGCCAUCGAACCGUAG